ACGUCAUGUGAGUGAAUGUCAAUGUCAAAAAGAUGACUGAUCAUAAUCGUUGAGGUUCUUGAGGUUUAUAAAUAUUUUUUACGAGCUGAGACUGUUUUUGUGACCGAUAUUGAUGAAGUAAGAUCAGAAUGAAUGAGCCGAGUGCGUUUGGUUACCAGGAGGAUGGGCAGCUUCAACAAGUUCCGAUCCCCGGCGGUCAGGUAAACCCGGCGCAGUACAAGUUCUCGGCGGACGAGCUGCGCGUGCUGGGCGAGUGCAACCGAGAGAGCUUCUUCCAACGCUCGCUGCCGCUGGGCACGCUGCUGGGGCUGGGCACGUGGAGCGCCGUGCAGAGCGGACAUCUCCGAGCAAAUCCAAGGUUUGGUGCCUUCCCCAAAUUAACGCUGGCCGUGGUGGUGGGCUACUUCCUCGGCAAGCUCUCGUACCAGUCAGCAUGCGCCGACAAACUGAUGGCCCUGCCCGGCAGCUACAUCGGACAGCUGCUGCGGGAUAGAAGAGAUGGAAAAAUUGGGGGGACUAGCCAGCCGCGGCAGGCCACGACGAUGUUCGGCGCGAGCCCCGGCGACAUCUACUCGGACGCGGGGCCCGGCAGCUCGCUGGACCUCGACACCGACCGGCCCAUCUUCAGCGACGACACCUACCGCCCCGACAACGAAGGCCCGAGCGCCGCGCCGCUGGCGCCGCCGCGGCCCGCGCUGUCCUACGACGACCUGCGCCGCCAGAACCGCGGCCAGCACUCCGACGCGCGCCAGGACCCCUACAAGAUGGACCAAAACGUGCUGCCGCCCAUCUCGCGGCCGGCGCCGCGCCCUGCCGCGCCGCACACCAAUAAGUACGGCGACGCCAUGGAGUGACGCCGCCCCUGUACAAUCUGUUCAUAUUGCAAUAAAGUAGUUAAGAGAUUCA